AUGGCUGCUGACGGCCAUGCCAUGCCCAUAUUGGCAUAUUGGAGAAGCCAACACCGUCGCACCGUGUUAAUUGGGUGUAUCAGCUGUGUUGCAGCCGAAGGUGGCGCUGGCAGGCUCUCUGGCGAAGAUCUGGCCAAAGAAGCGAAACCUGGUCCGCUUACGAGCACCAACGGGCGAAUUUCGUGGCGACUGCAGGCACUUUGGCGCCAGGCCGCGGCGGCUCUGAAAUCCUUCGAGCAGGCCGCAAUCCUGGUGACGCAUAGCCUUAACGAAUCGAUACGCUCGAGGAUGCGGCUGCCAUGGCGGAAUCGACAGCGUACUGGCGUCCAAAGGGAAUCGGAUCGCUGGUCAUCCGGCCGUCGAGACAGACGCAUGCCCAAGUCCAUCUCUUUCAGGCCCACAGUCCGCCUGGCUCCGCAGCGGGAAGUCUCCGGCGGUCCGUUUCUUUCUUCUCUCUCCGUCUCGGCUCGAUCGCAUUGGAGCUGCCCAGGUGUCCGCAUUGCAGUCUCGUCUAUCGCCUCGUCAUGUGCGUUCGCAAUGGCACGCAAUGUGGAGCGCGGUGUGCAGUCGCCCGGCAUUGAUGCCCGUGGCAGCAUCCCCAUGAGCGGACACAACGAUCGAGGACUAUCCUGGAACCCUCAAACCACGCGCCUUCCACCGCGGAUCCUUUUCGACUGCCCCGAGGUCCUGGAAACCGCUACGGAAGCCGGCAUGGAAGCAGCCCUAGAUUUUUUCGGUCAUGACUGGCAGAGACUCUAUGCUUUUGGCGAUGAAUUCGCGUCACGCGGGAUGAGCAUCGCUUCACACAUCGCAUCGGUGCAGGACGCCGAUGACCAUGACCAUCUGAGCGAGCGGGACUAUGAGCUCCUCCGCCUUGUUAGGCUUGCGAGAAAAGAGCGAACCAAUCAGCGGCGGAAGCUCGAUGAAAUGCGAACCAAGUUUCCCAAUCCCGAUGACAGCGCUCGACGCGCACUGCUCAUCCAGGAUUACCAAUUCCGAGUGGCCUCCCUGCGCGUCAGGGCCGACCUUAUUGGGGAUCGUCGCGCAAUUGAGCGGGAGGCGAAGCAUUCGGGCCUUGCCGGAGAGCUGCACGAGCUGAUUGAAGAAAUUGAGGCCCAGGUCAGUGAGCUGACCGAGGAAUCCGACGAGCUGCAGCCUCGCUUAGUGGAGGCACGACGGGACUUCGGAUUCCGCCUCGAACGGGGUGAGAUUGUGCAAGACCCUCUGUACGGCUGGACUGAAGCUGAACACCUUAGGAGCGUCGGUGCCCGCACGCGCGUGACAGACAUUUCCACCCCCGUCCCGUCUGCCGAUGAGGUCAAGGGCGAGGCCUGCCCAAUCUGCCUUGAACAAUUCGCGACUGCUGACCAGGCUGUUCGUCUGCCAUGCUCUCACCUCGUGGAUGCCACCUGCCUAGACAUUUGGAUCAACUCCCUUGCCGAAAAGUGCAAUACUUGUGUGUUGUGUCGCUCGGAACUUUUCCGGCGUCGCCGGCGCGAGCCCAGCGGUUACACGGCCCGCUUCCAAGAACUUACUACACGGUAUGAAAAUUUGACAGAUGUAAUCCGGCUGCUCCGAUGCGACUCCGAGCAUCUCGUGAUUCUCCUACAAGAGAUCCAGCCCGAACGGGUGGCGCAUUCGCUCGGUCGCUGA